AUGGACGAGCGGCUGCUGGGGCCGCCCCCUCCAGGCGGGGGCCGGGGAAGCCUGGGGUUGGUGGGUGGCGAGCCGGGGGGACCUGGAGAGCCUCCCGGUGGCGGAGGAGACCCCGGUGGGGGAAACGGGGGGGUCCCGGGGGGCCGAGGGAAGCAAGACAUCGGGGACAUUCUACAGCAGAUAAUGACCAUCACCGACCAGAGCCUGGAUGAGGCCCAGGCCAAGAAACAUGCUCUAAACUGCCACCGAAUGAAGCCUGCUCUCUUUAGUGUCCUGUGUGAAAUCAAAGAGAAAACCGGCCUCAGCAUUCGAAGCUCCCAGGAGGAGGAGCCGGUGGACCCGCAGCUGAUGCGCUUGGACAACAUGCUUCUGGCAGAGGGUGUGGCUGGGCCUGAAAAAGGGGGGGGCUCCGCAGCAGCAGCUGCAGCCGCUGCAGCCUCUGGGGGUGGCGUGUCCCCUGACAACUCCAUUGAACACUCGGACUACCGCAGCAAGCUUGCCCAGAUCCGCCACAUCUACCACUCGGAGCUGGAGAAGUAUGAGCAGGCAUGUAACGAGUUCACAACCCAUGUCAUGAACCUGCUGAGGGAGCAGAGCCGCACCAGGCCCGUGGCCCCCAAGGAGAUGGAGCGAAUGGUGAGCAUCAUCCAUCGCAAGUUCAGCGCCAUCCAGAUGCAGCUCAAGCAGAGCACCUGCGAGGCUGUCAUGAUCCUGCGCUCCCGCUUCCUGGAUGCCAGACGGAAACGCCGGAACUUCAGCAAACAGGCCACUGAGGUCCUGAACGAAUAUUUCUACUCCCACCUGAGUAACCCAUACCCCAGUGAGGAGGCUAAGGAAGAGCUCGCCAAGAAGUGUGGCAUCACCGUCUCUCAGGUCUCCAACUGGUUUGGCAACAAGCGGAUUCGCUAUAAGAAAAACAUUGGAAAGUUCCAGGAGGAGGCAAAUAUCUAUGCUGUGAAGACGGCCGUGUCAGUCGCCCAGGGAGGCCACAGCCGCACCAGUUCCCCUACACCCCCUUCCUCUGCAGGCUCUGGCGGCUCUUUCAAUCUCUCAGGAUCCGGAGACAUGUUUCUGGGAAUGCCUGGCCUCAAUGGAGACUCCUAUUCUACUUCCCAGGUGGAAUCACUCCGACACUCCAUGGGGCCGGGGAGCUACGGGGAUAGCCUUGGGGGAGGCCAGAUGUACAGUCCUCGGGAGAUGCGGGCCAAUGGUGGCUGGCAGGAAGCUGUGACCCCAUCCUCAGUGACAUCCCCAACAGAGGGACCAGGAAGUGUUCAUUCUGACACCUCCAACUAAUACCACCCCUCAGGGUCUUAGGAGUGGGCGCUCCCACAAGACCACUCUUGAAGAGGACACAGGCAUCUAGAGGACAAACCCCAAACAGAAGCACAAAACAGAAGGGCAAAUGGGGUUGUGCCCUCCCUGACUAGACUGCAGUGCUGGGGUGCUGACUACGUGGCAGGGAGAAUGGGGCUCCUAAGGGAAGAGUGGGGUCUGUCUCCCCUUUACUUUCCUUUUUCCGGUCUUUCUCUUCUCCCUUGUCUUACACAGAAGAUAACUAUUUUAGAAUCCUCUCUUCCUCUCUCAUAUACACACCCACAUACAACUAUUCUGUUUGUCUCUCUGGGCUCCCUGCCCUCCCCCAACUUUCCCUUCCCCACCCCACUUAUAUGCUCUGGAAUCUGGAGACGUCAGCCCUGCCCGACCCAGAGAUGCCAAAAAUGGGGACUCCUGGACAGAGGACAUGGGCCACGCCCCUGUGCAUCCCCACUCCCCGCCCCUCCAGACGGCUUUAUUACCUCAUACGCAGCUCAUCUUAAACCAAUAGAAUUGCUCGGUGGACGAGAGUGUCUGACUCAGAUAUCUACCUCGGAGGGAGUUUCUGCUACUUUAGGGAAUUGUUGACUGGGUUUUAGGGUUUAACUUUUUUUUUUUUUUUUUUUUUUAAAGAACAGAAACCCUGGGACCCAUCUGUAUUUUGGGGGAUUUUGUUGUUGGUUCCCAACUUUUAAUUUAGUUUUGGGAAGUAGGUGGGUUGUUUUUAUUUUUUAAGUAAGCAUACAGGUUUCUUCUUUUAUUUCUUGGCUGUCCCAUGUUAGAGGUGAUGGCCAAAGGGGUCCUGGUAAGAGAAUGGGACAAACCGAACAGGUGAAGGGCACCUGGCUGUAGGCCUGCCCAUUGGGAAGUGAAUUUUGUGGGGUGCCAAGCCCUCCCCCCUCAGAGUUGCUUGGGUUUCUUAUCUUGUGCAACCAAGUGUCUGCUGUAUUUGACAUGGAGGCCUGAGGGGCUUGCCUUGCUGACCUCAUGUCUGAUCCCCUCUCCCCUCAACUCUUGAACAAUUCACACCACCCUUGAUAAUUUUGAGAGAAUCAAAGAUGCUACCAUGUGUGACAUGUUAAUUUUAAAAAGUUUGCAGAUUGGAGAAGAAUGAUGAGGGGUUCUUGCCAAAUACGGGCCGAGGGCUUUGAUAUGUAUCUCCCUCAGUGUCCCCAGAAAUAAGGUAUCUUUUUCUCCUCAUGCCAAAAUCGGGGUGAGGUGAGGAGGGAGAUCACAAAAAGCCAGGUUUGGGGGAAAAGUAAUGACACUGUUCCAUCCUCAGCCCUGAACCCUUCUGAUCCCCUAAAACAUCCUCAGGAUAUUACAAGACUGAGUGGGAACCCCUCCCAUCAAAGACCUGGGCAGGACUGGGGCAGGUCGGGGGUAUGAUGGGUGUGGGUGGUGGGAGGUGGGCCAAGGGCAGUUCUCUCCUCACUUGUAAACUUGUAGUUUCACGGAAAAAAAAAAAAAUCAAUUUUAAAUAAAGAAAUUUCUUCUUU